AUGUAUGCGAAGGUGAGCGUUCACAUAGUGCAUCUUAUCAGGACGGGCUCAAAGCCUUUGGGCUUCUACAUCCGUGACGGAUUUAGCAUCCGCGCCACGCCAACCGGAGUGCAACCGGUGCCGGGAAUUUUCAUUUCGCGCCUUCUGCCUGGCGGUUUGGCCGAGUCUACUGGUCUCUUGGCUGUAAAAGACGAAGUGAUUGAGGUCAAUGGAAUCGAGGUGUACGACAAGACAUUGGACCAGGUGACCGAUAUGAUGGUGGCCAACAGCUCCAAUCUCAUUAUCACUGUGAAGCCUUUCAACCAGAAGACCUGCAUCCAUCGAACCAAAUUUAUGGCUCCAGCCUCGGCCGCGGCGGGAUCUGCGUCGCACCAGACGUCUGCCGUGAACACGAGCCACCGCUCUUCCGCAUCCUCGUCGUCGGCAGCAGCGGGGGCAGUGGAAGGCCACAGACAGGUUCCUCCAUCGCGCGACUCUCCAAAGUCGACAGUGCAGCCUCAUUCUGUACCUGAGGUGCCCGGUACCAUCGACAUUUGA